CUGUUGCCUGUGCCGCCGCGGCUCGGCCACGUCGCGCCAUCGCCGGCCACGGAUGACGGAACGAAGCGGAACCCAGCCAACUCGCACCGGUUUUUUGCGUUUACCUGUUCCCAGCGUGCAAGCAUCAGAUGUCCCCCUUGCCACAAAACCUGACCGAAUACCGAUGGCAGCGGCCCGGUGCUACACAGCUGCUACCGCGGUCUCCUCUCCCAUAGCAGGAGUGGCCGGCCUGUCCUUUUCCCUCCACACAGCCGCCGCCGCCGCCGCGGCGGCGCUUCCCUCGUCGCGUCCAAGAUCGAGAGGAGCGUGGACGUGCGGAGGAGGGCACGGCCACAGGCGAACCGCCGUCCGCGCCAUGGGCUCCGCACCGUCGUCGUCGUCGUCGUCGUCCCCGUCGCCGCAAACGCCGCCAGGACAAGCCCAAGAGAAAGCUAACUAUAAGUCCCUGAGUGAAGAUGAGUGGAAGAAGCGGCUGACUGAAGAGCAGUAUUACGUGACUCGGCAGAAGGGCACGGAGAGAGCAUUCACUGGUGAAUACUGGAACACUAAAACCUCCGGCAUUUAUCACUGCAUCUGCUGUGACACCCCUCUAUUUGAAUCAUCGACCAAGUUCGACAGUGGUACUGGAUGGCCCUCCUACUAUAAACCGAUUGGCGACAAUGUCAAGAGCAAGCUCGAUAUGUCAAUCAUAUUCAUGCCCCGGACUGAGGUGCUUUGUGCUGCCUGUGAUGCCCAUCUGGGGCAUGUCUUUGAUGACGGGCCACCACCGACAGGGAAGAGAUACUGCAUCAAUAGCGCGUCUCUCAAAUUGAAGCCACUCUCAAAUUGAAGCCACAAUAAUCGCUGGAUGCUUUAAGAUGAAGUCAACUGUAACUUCUACCUGUUCAUAACGGGAUGCUUCGAUGUAUUUAACUUUGUUACAUGUGCAUGUAAAGUACUAAGAGUGAUUCACCAAUAAGAUAAAUGUUAAUAUGUUCCAUUGUAGCCUUAAUUCAUUAUAUUUGUGAUCUUUCUGAU